AUGAUAUUAGCAAGAGCCGCUGGACUUAUCAAAACCGUUACCCAGACCGCAGACGAAAGUUUGGUGCUAAACAGCCAACGUGACGAGGACGCCUUCUUUAGAGAGGAAAAGUGUAACCUAGCAGCCUAUUAUCAAGCAGUAAAGGAGGCCACUCAGGCUGCAGAUGCAUCUACACGCCAGCGUAGGACGGUGGCUGAUAGUCUGCUCCAACUAGGCAUAGGAAUAAAUAGCUUGCUACAGACAUAUGAACGUAAUACUCCAGAAAGCAAGUAA